CCCCUUGUAAUCCCCAAAGCCUCUGACCCCUUCAACCUGUGCACUGCUCAGCACUGCCCGUGUCCUAGCCAAACCUCUAUUUCCACGAGCCAGCAAACCCUGAGGCACAGCACAGGAUUAUAGGGUGAUAGCAGCGCCUUCAGACCUUGUAGCACUGACUCAUGCCGAGCAACAGGAGAGAAGUAAAAGCACCAGGUCAUGUACCAUGCGUCUGCAAUGCAAAUAAAUUGGUGGGUUCUGUUAUAGCCAGCAAUGCAGCGGGCUAUCAAAGCUUUCCUGCUGAGAAUGACAGAGGAUGGGUGGCAGGUCCUGAAGUCUGGAGCCAGGCGACACGGGAGGAGAUGUCGGGAUUUGUUAGGAGCUGCAGCAGCUCCAGGCCCUGAGGCUGUGGAGCAGAGAGAGAGGAGCUAACAAGCAAGGCGAAGCUUUAAUAGGAGAAGUCAAGAUGGUCCUGGGAGGCUCUGCUACCAGCGUGUCUUUUUCCUUGGAACACGGAUCUGAGGCUCCUCUGUGCUGAGCGUGCCUGUGUCCCAUCUGCUCCCACGCCCUGAAAUCAAACUCAGCAGCUCAGGUGAAGCAGGCACUGUGCAAACAUGUCAGGAGUGCCUCCACCCCUUUUCCUUCUCCCGCUCUCUCCUGCCGUCUUUCUCUCCCAAGUUUAUCGGCGCCUCAGCGGAUUGCGGUGGCAGAGAGCUUCCACCUCACCACUGGGUCCGGAGCAAUGAGGAGCCACGGGGAUGGUUCUGGAAGGCGAGAAAAUCCAGGAGCUGGAUUCCUUUGGGAAGGAGUUCACUUCAUCUUUACUCCUAUAGCCCAGCAACACCAUCCUCCAAUCGGCUUUGCUGCAUGGCAGUGGGAGAGUUUCCCUGCAGACCCUUCUUUCUCUUCUCAUUUGGAAUUGUCCUCUCCCGGCAUUGCUGGACUGCCAGACAUUAAUGUCUUAAUGUAUUUGGGGAGAGAGUACUGAAGAAAAAGCAAACAACAGAAGAGAAGUUUGUGGCUGACAUCAUGUUCCGCAAGAAGAAGAAGAAACGCCCUGAGAUCUCAGCUCCGCAGAACUUCGAGCAUCGUGUCCACACUUCAUUUGACCCAAAAGAGGGCAAAUUUGUGGGCCUGCCACCUCAAUGGCAGAAUAUUCUAGACACGCUGAGGCGCCCCAAGCCAGUUGUGGACCCUUCAAGGAUCACCCGGAUGCAGCUCCAGCCUAUGAAGACAGUCGUGAGGGGCAGCACCGUGGAAGUGGAAGGCUACAUCUCUGGGAUACUCAACGAUAUCCAGAAGCUUUCUGCCAUCAGUUCCAACACUCUGAGGGGAAGGAGCCCCACCAGCAGAAGGAGAGCUCAGUCCCUUGGCCUCCUGGGGGAAGACAGACCCCCAGAUAUGUAUCUUCAGAGCCCUGAGGGAGAGUGGGCAGACAAAUACGGAAACUACCUCAAUUGCAACGGUGGGACCAAGGUGACACGAAGGCAGACUAUGUGGCCAGAUUACAAACCCAGGUUGGAUGGACAGUCUCACCCUAAUGGUAUGGUCAUGAAAGCACAGUCCCUUGGGCCUUCGGAGUUCCAGGACGCUGACAGCAGCUGUCUCCAGCGUGCUUCUUGUCUGCAGCACAUGCCAGCUCUGCCAGGGGACGGUGACAAGGUGGGCAAAAGGAGCUCGGAAGAGUGCUGGCCUCAACCUUGUCUGGUACGACAGGCAAACACUAGGCCCUCAGGAGAAGGCAGCCCCAGCUCCAAAUCGAGGGAGAAUAGCUUGAAGAGGAGGCUGUUACGCAGCGUGUUCCCCUCCUCCAGCAGCUCGAACAAGUCAGGCCCUUCCCUGCAUAUAAAGCCUACUGCUUUCUUCAGGCCCCAGCAGUGGGGCUCACCGCGCAGCCCCGCGGCCAAAGCCCAAUCCCUCCCAUCGGAUCAGCCCACAUCCGAUUUCCCCAGGCUCAUUUCGGAAGCCGGUACCCCCCAGAAGUCACCGACAGCAGAGAAGGCGAUAGCGGUGCCCCAAGGCAGGCCGUCACCAGCCGGAUCUCCCCGAAACCGGCAGACUCAGACGAGUUCCAGCAACCUGCACCUUCCCCAGGACUCCUCUGGGAAAGGGCAGCCGGCGAGCGAGGACCCCGUGGUUGUGACUCACGAGCAGUUCAAAGCUGCCCUUAGGAUGGUGGUGGACCAAGGAGAUCCGCGGACAUUGCUGGAGAAUUACAUAAAGAUCGGUGAAGGGUCCACAGGUAUCGUCUGCAUUGCUCGAGAGAAGCACUCGGGGCGGCAGGUGGCGGUGAAAAUGAUGGAUCUGAGGAAGCAGCAGCGUCGGGAGCUCCUUUUCAAUGAAGUGGUGAUAAUGAGGGACUACCAACAUGUCAACGUAGUGGAGAUGUACAAGAGCUACCUGGUGGGAGAGGAGCUCUGGGUACUGAUGGAGUUCCUGCAGGGAGGGGCCCUCACUGACAUUGUGUCUCAGAUCAGGCUAAAUGAAGAGCAAAUUGCAACAGUGUGUGAGUCAGUGCUGCAGGCUCUUUCCUACCUUCACUCUCAGGGGGUCAUUCACCGAGACAUUAAGAGCGACUCUAUUCUUCUGACACUGGAUGGAAGGGUCAAGCUCUCAGAUUUUGGUUUCUGUGCUCAGAUCAGUAAAGAUGUACCUAAAAGAAAGUCCCUGGUAGGUACUCCCUACUGGAUGGCUCCAGAAGUUAUUGCAAGGGUACCAUACACUACUGAGGUGGACAUCUGGUCUCUGGGGAUCAUGGUGAUAGAGAUGGUGGAUGGAGAACCCCCCUAUUUCAGUGAUUCUCCAGUCCAGGCAAUGAAGAGACUCCGUGACAGUCCUCCUCCCAAACUGAAAAACUUCCACAGGACUUCUCCAGUUCUGAGAGAUUUCUUGGAAAGGAUGUUGACACGGGAGCCGCUAGAAAGAGCAACGGCACAGGAACUUCUGGAUCAUCCCUUUCUGCUCCAGACAGGGCUCCCAGAGUGCCUGGUCCCCCUUAUCCAGCAAUACAGAAAGCGUACCUCUACCUGCUGACUUCACGGAAGAUGCUGGGAAAAGGUAACACAUAACAGACAAUCAGGAGACGAGGAAGUCUUGUCCUGUGAAUGGUGCUUGGAACUCAUCAGCAGUCUUCUCACAGGAUGGGUCCUUGUGUUCUCUGCCUUUGUGACUUCUCUUUUGCUAAAGACAAUCAAUGCAUACUCAAUAAGACCGUGUUUUUCUCAAGAGCAAAGGUGGAUGACUUCUGGAUCACUUCUUCCAAAGAAUGGCAGUUGUAUGUGGAUCUAAGGUUGUGUAUCUGAAUGCUUGCAAGUUCCUGCAAACCUUGGCUGCUGACUACUGAACUGAAACAAAAUUUCCCAACUAGAAAUGUGACCUUCGCUUUGUCAGACAUACACUGGAGUACUGAGCUCACCUAAAUGUACAUUGUGGGGCACAGAUGCCUUUCAAGUCUCCAACAAUGCACAAUGACUUCACAAUUUUUUUUCUCCAGAGACUAUUUUAAUCUUCAGUUAAAUGUGGACCUAGAACGCUGUACAUAUUUUCCCAGGGAGCAGAUGUGAUAUGUACAUAUUUGUUUUCCAAUGGCUCUCUUGCAUCAACAUGCUUCUCUUUUGCUGAGAAAUAUGUAUGGUUUAGUGGUCAGUCUUGAAUCCAUUUCAUUACCUUAAACUUUUGGAGGGGAGACCAUUGGAAGGGUAACACUUUGGGAAUGCUCUGGGAGACAGAAUGAAAAAGUUUCUGCUGUCCUGCCUAUAUCCCAGGAGAGAUUUUUAUGUGCAAAGCAAGGCUGUUUGUUCAGCCUCCCUCUCCCUUGCUCGCUACUGCAGAACAUGGAGAGAUGGGAAACUUUCUAUGUAUGUUUUGUAAUUGGUAUAUCCUUCCCCUUUCACCCCCUUGGUGAUAUGUUCAGAAGGGUUCUGGUUGUCUAAGCAGCUCUCACAGUUAUUUUUAAAUAGAUUUAGGUAUUUUGUAUGAUGCAGUUUCUGAUCAGUGAGAUAGUUGAGGUAAUUGGACUCUAGGUCAGGAUGUCACGUUGUACAGUGGUGGUGCAUAUUGUUGUGAGGUCUCAAGAAUGUGUCUUAUGUAUGAAAGUGGGAUCCCGUUUUCAAACUCAGAUACAAAUUUAUUGAAAAUUAAGUUAUUCUUGGGACAGUCGUGCUGUCUCAGAUACUCUUCAUUGCAUUUUCUUCAGAAGAUGUUGAUAAUCUCUAUCCUCUGCUGUUUACUCCAAUGAUAGAUCCUGCUUCAGAAUUGAAGCCACAGUUGAUUACUUGAAGUAAUUUGGGAUGGAAUUCAUCUGCACUGUUGUCAGUCACCUAAAUGGUGGAUGCCCAUACUGCGAAGCACAUCGGUUGCCUCUGUAGACCGUGGCAAGAGGAGCACCUCCAGAGGGUGAUUCAGCUCCAGUACUUAGAUGCCUGCUGAGGGAUGAGGUUGCUGCCUCUCGAUACCACUCUACCUGUGGCCAGUAGAGUGAUUGUAGUGGUCUGCACCGACUGGAUGUCUGAGUUUGGGGUUGAUAAAGCUAAUUAAUUGAUAUGAAUUUGCUUAGCUCUUCCUGAGCUGCACUGGAAAGCUUUUGAUGUAAAAUGUUUCUGUAUUCCAGAUAUUCUGCUUUUUUUUUAAUGCAAAAGAGCAGGGCUUUAAGAAGAUUUAUAAUUUGAAACAAGUGAUCCUGCUCACCUGUAGUUGUGAAUCCUUUGCACUUGUGUUUUAAAUUAAAGUAGACCUUGAUUUAUUCAUA